AUGAUCCCCAAGUCUAUGUAUGAGGUUCGAAAAUUUCUUCGAUUAUUUGAUUUAGGAUAUGAAAAGAUUCAUGUGUGUUUUAAUGAUUGUUGUUUGUUUAGAAAAGAUAAAGAAAACUUGCAAGAAUGUCCAACAUGUGGAACUUCACGUUGGAUGUCAGAUAAGCUGACUAAAAAGGUUCGACAUGGUGUCCCAGCAAAAGUUUUGAGGUACUUUCCUAUAAUCCCUAGGUUGAAACGGAUGUUCAUGUCUAAAAGAAUUUCAAAGGAAUUAAGAUGGCAUCACAACAAUAAAAGUUGCGAUGGAAAAAUGCGUCACCCAGUGGAUUCAGCAGCAUGGGAGCUAGUCAAUGAUAAAUGGCCAUCAUUUUCAAAUGAAGAGAGAAAUAUUAGACUUGGCCUUUCCACAGAUGGAUUUAACCCAUUUAGUAAUUUAAGUUCUAAGUAUAGUGUUUGGCCUGUUUUGUUGGUCAUGUACAACUUACCCCCAUGGUUGUGCAUGAAACAGGAGAAUAAUUUAUUAUCAAUGUUAAUUCCAGGACCUAAACAGCCUGGGAAUGAUAUUGAUAUAUACUUAGAACCCCUCGUAGAGGACUUGAAAUUAUUAUGGAAUGAGGGUGUUGAUACUCAUGAUGCAUUGGACAAUACAAAUUUCAAGUUGCAGACUAUUUUGAUGUGGACAAUCCAAGAUUUUCCAGCAUACGGGAACCUUGCUGGUUGUAAAAAUAAGGGAUGUUUUAGUUGUCCCCAAUGUGGUUAUGGUACUCAUUCAGAGUGGCUAAAACAUAGUGGGAAGUUUUCAUAUCGAGGUCAUCGGAAAUUUCUUAAAGAAGACCAUCCAUUUCGGAGUAAAAGAAAGAAAAAUGUUUGUGAAAGCAUCUGUAAUACAUUGCUAGAUGUUGCUGGAAAAAGUAAAGAUGGACUAAAAGCUCGCUUGGAUUUGCAACAUAUGGGUAUUAGGAGUGCAUUACACCCACAAGAGAAGGGGACUAGAACCUAUCUUCCUGCAGCUUUACACACACUAUCAAAGCUUGAGAAAGAAUUAUUUUGUAAAAGGUUGUUCUCAUUGAAAGUACCUGAUGGAUAUAGUUCAAAUAUUCGAAAUUGUGUUUCAAUGGAACAAUGCAAGCUCAUGGGCCUUAAGUCACACGAUUGCCACAUUUUGAUGCAACAAUUACUACCGGUGGCUAUAAAAGGAUUGAUGCCAUUGGGUCCAAGAGAUGCUAUAAUAAGAUUAUGCACGUUCUUUAAUCGAAUAUGUCAACGUGUUCUUGAUAGAGAAAGCAUAAUGACAUUAGAAAAUGAUGUUAUUGAAACUUUAUGCUUACUAGAGAGAUUCUUUCCACCAUCAUUUUUUGAUGUCAUGAUUCACUUAGUGGUUCAUAUCGGACGAGAAGCACGACUAUUUUAUGUGAACAUUCUAUUAAUGAUGAGCAAUUGUGUGAUUAAUAGACGCAUGAAGAUAUUGAAAGAUUAUGUCAGAAAUCGAGCAAGGCCUGAAGGUUGUAUUGCAGAGUGUUAUCUUGCAGAUGAGUGUGUGAGCUUUUGUAAUGAAUUCACUGACCAUUCAAUUGAACUAAACACAAAAAAAGGUCGAAAUGAAGAGUGGUCAAAUGAUGUGAUACUUGAAGGUCGUCCAAUUUCUAGGAGGAAAGAAAUUAUAUUGACAGAUGAGUUGUUAGAAAUUGCACAUCGAUACAUUCUGUUAAAUACAUCUGUUGUGGAGCCUUUUCCAGAGUAA